AUGAGUCCAAGACUGCACAGGAAGGGCGUUACUGCACCGGCAUGGUAUCCCGUGCUGAUCGAACCCACGCCAGAUAUUAGUGAUCAGCCGCCUCUCGACUAUCCCUUUCCGUUGAUCUCGCGAAUCUCCCUCAGCUUGCUACAUCUCGCUCCGUUCUUGUCUACCGCUCUCGCUCGAUAUACACGCCCGCCAGCCGUUUCCUCCAAACUCAACCCAAACUCAACAUCGAACUCAACAUGGGAGGAGAAUGCCCCAACUGCCGUGGAAACGGGUCAACAAAGUGCGAUGACUGUAACGGCACCGGCUGCUGCAACUGCAAGAGGAGCGGAAGGCAAAAAUGCCAUGUGUGCGAGGGCGCAGGCGUCAUCCACACCAAUAAUUGAGGUCGCAAGCAAAACCCUGGGGCAUCUGCGAGAGCAAUCAAGAGGAUAUGGGCUGGGGGGCUCAGGAAGCUCCAGGUUGUGCGUCGUUGUCAUUACGGCGCAAUCACCCGUCGUCAAUAUCCACCGGCACCCAACACGCCAUCUGUCGAUUGUGCAGGUCACCGACAGACCCCCGCAAAACACACCCUGA